AUGGUCUUGGUUGCUGCGAAAAGUGCCUCAAGCCCCCCACGCAGACAAUCUAAGACUGGUGCAGUCCUGUGUCCCAGUGGCACUGGUAAACAGGAAUAUGGAUACAUCGAAGUCAGUCAACUCCACAGGUUAUUCUACACUUCCAUACAGGCCGAUGGGAACCCCACGACGGCACCGACUUUCUUAUUCAUCCGAGGUGGACCUGGUGAAAGCAGCAUAGGGUCUGCGCUGCAGGUGAACGGUCCAUGCAUCAUGGAUCUCGUUACCAAGAGGCUGAUCAAGAACGAGUUUUCCUGGACGAGGCGAGUUAAUGGUAUCUGGGUUGAUGCACCGGUACCUACGGGGUUCAGCAUAGGACCUGUGGAGAGUGGAUGGGAGAACUUAAUUCAGGACUUGAUUGACUUCGUCAACGAGUUCUUCAAGCAACAUCCAAAUCUCAACCGCGACGUGCAUUUCGUCGGCACUUCAGCAUCGGCCUCGAUGGUGGUCGAGGUGGCAUCGCGGAUAAUCAAGUCUCCAUCGGUCUCCAUCAACAAUCUAGUGGGAUUGAUGAUAUUUUCUGGAGUUGUGGGACCACAGGCUGUUUACCGAGGGUGUCUGCAAAUGGCGAACGAUCGACAACUGCUACCUCAAAAGACCUAUGACAUUCGCGUAGCACCAGGAAAGGAGAGCACACUUUUCAAGUUACAUGCUGGGAAGAUCGAUGGAUUCCUCAAUACUAAGUCUGUGCAAGAUGCGUUGGGGGUUUCCAAAGUGUGGAAGGAGAUAAGCGAGGAGGUCUUUGAUGUAUUUGGUGAAUAUGUUGCUUAUGACACAACCUACCAAGUGACUAAUCUCCUCGAUGCAGGACUGAAAGUGAGUAAUCUGGAUAUGCCCGAUACUAAGCAUCAGAUUUUGCCAUAG